AUGGCGUUGUAUGGUGCUCCGUUUCCCAGAUAUAUAACUUAUACAGAUUGGUUACAUGAUGCAUGUAAUACUGACGAUGUUUAUUAUACAUAUAAUGGGCGCAUAGUAAAUAAUAUGGAAGAAAUUCCUGAAUGUGCUUUGUUGAACGUGCACUAUCGUUUGCGCGGUGGUAAAGGGGGUUUUGGAUCUAUGCUACGGGCUAUUGGGAGUCAAAUCGAGAAGACAACCAAUCAUGAAAUGUGCAGAGACUUAUCAGGUAGGAGAAUGCGUGAUGUAAACCUGGAAAAAAAAUUAAAGGAAUGGUAUGCUACGGCUGACGAACGGGAACGUAAAAAAGCAGAGGAAUAUAUUGAAAGACGACGAAAACGUCAAGAACUAUUAAAACAGGGUCUCUUACCUGAACAUAGUUUUUCAGAUCGUGAAUAUGAACGACAGAAACGUAAAAUUGCUUACGAACUACGGGGAGCCUUAGAUAUAGCUAUAGAAAAUGUUAAGAAAGAAAAGAAACAAACGGAAGUCCAACCUGUAAUUUCCUCUGAAAAGCAGCUGAAUGCAAAGCGUACUCGAUUAUGGAUUGAGGAAAUGGACAAAGAGCUGUCUUCGGGUUCUAGCGAUGAAGAAUUUUCGGCUAGCUCGUCAUUUGACAUUUCCUCUAGUCUUGCAAAACAAGAUGAUAAUUUGCCCGUAAAAGAUGAUACCAAAGCCAAAACGGAUUCUACAGAAAUCCUUAACAGUAUUAAAUCAGAUGUAAUCGAUAAGAUGUUAUGACGAGUAAUGUUGGAGUCUGAUACUGAGAAAAAAACUUCUCAUACGCAAGUCUAGGUGGCUACCAGUGAGAAAACUACGAGUAAAGAAAGUUCAACCAUUUAUUGAUCAAUAACUUGCACCUGACUGGAAAAAGGUGAUCUCAUUUGGCAACUUUUGACUGCUCCAAUUUCGCAGAAGAAGCUAGACAAAUUACAGUGGAAUAAAUGGUAGUGAGCUUAAAAGGAAAACGACUUUUUGGCAACCUACUGGAUUUAUUUGAAUGUACGCUAUUCUCUUCUUUAUUCUAUUUUACAGGCUUCUGUCUUUAAUGUAGUCUGAUUUAAAAUAUCUCAACAAAAUAUACCCUAAUACUGCUUUAAUCUAAGAGAGGACGACUCUUAGAAGUAUCCAAUAAAUCUGUUUGAUUUUCCGAACUCGAUGUUAUCGCAACAAUCUGAUAAAAUAGAAGCAAGGCCGUUGAAAUAAUUGUGAUUGUAUAAGUUGAGUUAAUAACGUAUUUAUUUAGAUAACAUAUAGAUCCAUUAGUAAUAAAGAAUAUCACACUUAUAAUACGGAUAAAAGGAUAAACGGCCUUACAUUAUAGACAACUGGAAGCCCCG